AAAUCAUCAUAUUACAUAGAUUGGGCCGCAAUAAGUUGGCCCAUUAAUUUCAUUAUAACACUUGGAAGCCUUGACUCGCUUCCCUCUCAAUUUCCUUUUUCUUGUUUUCUGGUAAUUUUUGUUUCUCUGUUGUGCUGUGCUUAAACCCUUACCGGAAGGAAUGGAGCCGCCGGCGAAAGGAACUGUGACGCCGUUAGCAUCGUUGUUCUCAGAGGAGGAGGCGCGGAAAGCAGCAAGUUACGUGGAGGAGAAAAUCGGAGAGAAGCGAGUAGAGAUGAAUCGUCUCCAACAGUUCGUAGAUGAAAACGACAAUCUCAUCAAUCUCGUGAAGAAGCUUCCCGAUCAGCUCCAUCACAACGUUAUGGUUCCGUACGGUAAAAUGGCUUUUUUCCCGGGUCGAUUGAUACACACCAACGAAUGUUUGGUGUUGUUGGGAGAGAAUUACUAUACUGACAGAACGUCGAAACAAACCGUUGAGUUCUUGAAGAGAAGAGACAAGACUUUACAGUCUCAAAUUCAUUCUCUUAAAGCUGAGAUUGAAGAUUUUCAAACGGAGGCUUCAUUCUUCACUACAACUGCUUCUGAAGCAGCGGAAGGACUUGUUGAGAUAAGAGAAGAGUAUGUAGAAGAAGAUUCUUCUGCAACUAUGAUUCAGUCAAGUGGAAAAGAGCCUUCUGGUCUUCCUGGAGGAGAGUCUGAAGAAGUUGAAGACGAUGAUUUUGCACGAAUCAUGUCCAGGUUGAAUGAACUUGAAAUGGAAGAAGAACAGGAGGGUGAGGAUGUGGACGAUAGAGGUGAAGAACAUGAUUCUCCUUUAGAAAGUGCGGAGGAGACCGAGCACGAUUUGGUGGAAGGAAUUAGAGGUGAGACAGACCGCGAUAGUAUGGAAAACAGGAAACAGGAAACUAUCGUAUCUGUCCCUAAGAUAGCUUCCAGCCAUAGCUCUUCCAUUAGUGCAUCCAGGGUUUCAGAGCCAAGAGCCAAAGCCAAAGUUAUUGAAGUGAUACCAGAGAAACAUCCACAAAACCUAGAUGAUUCGCUCAAUUGUAUCAGACCAAUGGCACACUAUCUUCCCAAAGAAAAUCAAUCACUUGGCGAAAACCCCCAGCAAAACGCUGGAACAUGGAGAGACUUUCAAGCGACCUCUUCUGUUUCCAGAGGAAACGCAAAAACCAAUGUUUUAGGACCACAAAAGAUCGAGUCUCCUAUGCAGGAACCAGAACCCGAGUUUGAUUCGACCAAGGCUUUUACUGGAUCAAUCAUAGAGCAUGCCCAUGUAAAAGAGAACAGCACACACAAUCAAACACAGUCUUCAGCGUUUCAACCAUCCAAACCAGUUUCAAGAUUCAAGGCUCAGAGACGGUAGCUAGUCAGUUUUGUGUAAAUUUUUUUGUUGGCUUGCCUUAUGGUAUGUAAGAACUAAGAACGCAUGCAAAUGGGUGCAUCUUGUAAGCUUUCUAUAUACAAUUAAAUUAACCAAAAUCUACAUCAAGAAAUCUGAUAUUGUUACUUGACUC